CGACUACUGCGACUACGGUACAGUGGCGGCCGCCGCGUCAUCGGCGGUGCCAAAAUCAAUAAUCAGUAUUGUUUAUCGAUUUUUUUCCCUGCGCUCAACCGUCGGCGAAGCCGCGCGCGUUUCCCGUACAAGUCGCCCCCGUGCAGUGUGCGUAUAACGCGUGUUCAUGCUCCUGCCUCGCCGACAGCUUAUUUUCGCCGCGCCGACCAGUCCGCCGCUCAUACGUCCCGUGCAGCAGCCACCGUACACGCAUCGCCGCCGACGCCGUCGCCGUCAGCAGCUGCCGGACCCGUCGUCGUAGCCGCGCGCCAGCGUACUAGUUGGCGUUGUGGAUCCGUUGCCGGACGAAAGGCCAGCGACCGCAGCCGAUGAUGGGAACGCUGUGGUAAAAAGCUCGUCCAUAAACCGGUUUCCGACGAAGCUUUAUAUACCAGCUAUAAUUUAUCUAUAACACUAUAAGCAGAGUAUAAUAUUAUAUCAAGCUUCUGCAGUGGACUUACAUCAUGCAUAGAUAGUAUUUCGGUUACCACCGGCAUUAUGUCCAAUAUGGCAAAUGCUGAAAACUACCAAUUGAAAUGGCAUAGUCACGGUGCUCAUUUACAUUCGACAAUUGCAACGUUACACGGCACCACGGCGUUCACCGACGUGACCCUAAGUACGACUGAUGGCCGCAACGUGUCGGCACACCGUUUCGUAUUGUCGGCCUGUAGCGCGUACCUGAACCAGGUGUUCCAGAGCUGCCUGUCCAACAACCUGGUAAUAGUACUGCCGGCCGACAUCAGUUACCGUACACUUUGCAUACUGCUCCAGUACAUGUACAGCGGUGAGGCGACGGUCACCAACAGCCAGUUGGACCGGGUGCUUAAGGCCGGGGAAGUGUUGAGGGUGAGAGGGCUGUGCCGGAGCAACGAGAACACCGUGGGCGUGGUGCCCAGACAGCAGACGCCCGACAACAAGGACGACAAGUCAAAGCAGAAGUCCAAAGGUGACAUGCCGCUAUCGGUGUUGUCUGACGGAAACGAGAACAAGGAAAAUGAAAAGGACAAAGACAACGAUGACGGCGAGGUGAAGAAAGAAAAUUCUGAAAACGAAGACCCCAUGCACAAUGCAUUACAGCUGGAGAUCACCGUCAAGGAAGAACCGUUGGAAUGGAACGACAGUGAUCGAACUGAAAUGACCAUUCAACCGGAACUGUAUUCCAAUUACGACGAUGAUGACGAGGAAGCUGAUUCUGAUUAUUAUGCUCCAUUGACAUGCGAUAUGUGUCAAGAAACAUUUCGAACGCCAGCCCUUUGGGUUAGACACAUACAAACUCAUGAAUUAGGCUCAAUUACCGAUUUACCAAAAAGAAAACGGAGAAAAACCACAGAUGAAGAUGACGGAGGUGAGUUACCCCCUUUACGUUGUGAACUAUGCCAACAAGAGUACCAGACACCUGGAGAUUGGGUGCGACACAUUCAAAGUGCACAUACAGAAGAACAGCUGGCCAUUACAAAUAGUUUAGCGAGUGGUGGAUCGGGCAUAUUACCUUCAGCCAAAAGACCGCGGCCGAGAAUAAUGAAUGGCCGUAAAGUGUGUCCAACUUGUACAAAGACAUUUCCGUCACAUGCGAGCAUGUUGAUACAUAGUCGGACGCACACAGGUGAACGGCCAUACCAAUGCGGUGUCUGCAAUAAAGGUUUUAAUGUAAAAAGUAAUUUACUGAGACACAUGAGAACAUUGCACGAUACAGUUAUAAGUCCUAAUGCCAUGGUCGAAUACUGUAAUGCCCAAGACGAAGUACCCCCUACAACAUAAAAAUAUUAAAUUUGACAUAAUUGUUUAUAAAUUUAGAUUACAUUUUUACUUUUUUGGUCUAACUUAUUUUUAGAGAGUUCAUGAAUAUACUCAAUUGCUAAUUGCAUAAUUGAAUUUACAAAUCUAUUUUACAUGGAAACUUUCUAACUUAAUUUACUUUCCUUAAAAUAUUUCAAUUUUUAUCGACAGCUUAUACGUCAUGUAUAUCGAUAACGAGCUCCUUUAAAAUUUUACUUCCAAUUUACUUAUGAGACAAUUUACAACACAUGAGUGUUGUACAAAAUUAUACCAAAUUCAUACUGUUUUAUAUGAAAUAAUGUUACUUUUGUUUUAGUGCAUCGCUUCUUAUCUUUCCAGCAUUUUUUUUUUUUAACUUUUACUGAAGUAUAUCAUAGUUUUGAUACUAGUACAAAAUAAGCAGAUGUUAAGAAAUAAAAUUUAUUUUUCAACAAUGAUAAAACGAUCAUUGUCUUCCUGCAUAUAUUGAAUUAUAUUAUAUUGUGUAAAAUCCUAAUAAAAUGUAUAUAGUGAUGUAAAAAUAAUUAGGAUCUCAUUCCAUUUUACAUUAUUUUCAAAGAUUUUCUACUUAUAGCAAAUAUUUAUUAUAUUUAUCCCAAAUCCCAAUAAUAAUGUGAAAUUGUAAUAUUAAAAGUGUACUUUUAUUAUAUGCUCAGUAAUUCAAUAAUUAUUGUUAAUUACUAUACAUUACAUUUCUUUCAGUACUUUAUUUUUUACGAUCUUAUAAUGUUGUAAAUAUUUAAUAGAAAUAAAUGAAAAUAAAAAUAUUAAAA